AUGGGAGGCGGGGAUCUCAACCUAAAAAAGUCAUUCCAUCCAGGACUGCGGCGCAACCAAGCCGCUGUCUACGAUGAGGAGCAAAAAGCCCUUGCAGAGCGCAAGCGCACGCAACAGCGCCUGAAUGAGAUCAAGGAGGAGCGCGAGAAGGAGGAACUGCAACGCCAACUCGAGGCUGCCGGAGGGAAGAAGCGCAUCGAUAGAGUUGAUUGGAUGUACGAAGGCCCAACCGAUGGACAGACUGGGACCACGGAAGAGACCGAGGCCUACCUGCUGGGCAAGCGACGCAUCGACAAUCUCAUCAAGGGCACCGAUCACAAGAAGCUGGAAAAGCAGGCUGGCGAAGACAGCUUUAUGGCCCUACAAAACGCGAACACAGCACGAGACACCGCUUCCAAAAUCCGCGACGACCCUCUACUUGCGAUGAAACGACAGGAGCAGGCUGCUUACGAAGCUAUGAUGAACGAUCCGGGCAGACGCAAGCAGCUGCUCUCUGCGAUGGGAAUGGGCGAUGGCGACAAGAAAAACAAAGAAGACAGAUCCCGGCGGAAGGAAGAAAGGCGGCAUCGCAGGCAUCGGCACCGAAGUGUUGAUUCGGAUGAGGGCAGAGACCGCCGACGGCGCCGACGAUCUUAUUCUCGAUCGCGAAGUCCCAGACGGGUUAAUGACUCAAGCGAGGAGCGCUCACACAGAAUAGCCCGGACCGGGACCGCCGUGGCCGACAUGAGGAUAGGGGGCGGUCUAGCAGGGGAACCAAUCGAUCUCAUCGCAACUCAUCGUCUCCAGAGGACGACAGGCGCUCUCAUCGCCAUGAUGAUCCACGCGGCCGACGCGGAGGGGACCACCGACCGAGCAGGAGAUCGCCUACACCAGAACGAUCGGACCGCCGACGACACGACAAAGGGACGCAACAUGGCCAGACACGAAACGGGCAUCGCCACAACGGAUCCCCUCGCCGCCAUGCAGUCCGCAGCCACAGAUCUUGAUCAGGACAGGGUGCAGCGCCUCGCAGCCAUAGAAGAGCGCGAGCGGCAAGCAAGGGAGCAAGAUGCUCGUGGUCGCGAGCGGGGCGGCGAUCGAGGUUUUGUCAACGGUCUUCACAAGCAGGCGGGCAAUUUGAAUCUCGCGGAUCGCGUUGGCAGAGGCAGACAAGGAAUUGAAAGGGAUGAGGACUAA